AUGAGCAGUAAAAGUGAUGAUGUAUCAGGUGAAGACGCUAAUUCGAUAUCGGACAUCGAAAUGAAACGAAUUGCUUCGUCUGGCGAUGAACAAGUUAAGGAAUCAUCAGCAAAAGGUAAAUUGAAUCUGGAUAAUGAGGAUAAUAGACAAACAAAAGCAAGGCGUUCCACUCGUGCUACUAAUCAAAACAAAAAAGUGAUCGAGAGUGGUACAUCAGAAGAAGAUUCGGAUUCUGAUGUAGAAGCUGCGACAAGCAGUAGAAAACGUAAAACUGAUAAAAAACUUAAAGGUCGGAGCAAAAAAACUCGUGCUCAGACUGAUAGCGACGAAGAUAGCAGUGACGACAGUGACAGGAAGUCGUUAGUUGAUGAAUACGAUGAUGAUAUGUUCUUGGAUGAAGAAGAUCGGCGUCGAUUAGAAGAAAUGACAGAAAAAGAUCGUGAGGCUGAAAUUUUCAAACGUGUUGAGCAACGAGAAAUUUUACGCGCUAGGCAUGCAAUCCAGAAGAAAAUUAAAGCUCAAAAAGAAGACAUCGCAGGUUUGUCAAAAAAAAAUAAGAAAAAGAAGGAAAAAGAAAAGAAACGAGAGAAAGAUGGUAAAAAAAAGAUCGUUGAAAGUGACAUCGAUGAACGAAAUGGUGCAGAUGGAAGUGUGGCAGUUUUGCAUUCUGGUUUUACGAACGAUGACAAAGAUAACAGCGAGGAAUACGAUGAAUUUCAACGUCCAUCAGAAAUUCAGAAAAAGCAGAAACAGAAGAAUGCAAUGGCUGAUCUUGUUAGUCGAAGAAAAGAGAAACAAGAAGCUGCUCAGAAGAAAAAGACACAGUCACAUAAGUCAGAACUGGAUAUUGAUGAAGUGUUUGGGAAUGAUGGUAGCGAUGAUGAUUAUGAAAAGAGUUCCAGCUCGUCAAGUCGCUCGAGCAGUAGAUCUACAAGUAGGAGUACAAGUAAAAGUAGAACUCGUAGUCCAUCACCAGAAAAAAAGAGAGAGGUGAAUUGCCUCGCUGACUUAGCAAGGAUACGUUUAUCUCGUUUCAAAAUUUCUAGAAUUGUUCAUGCACCUUUUUUCAACAAAACAGUGAUUGGAUGCUUUGUUCGCAUCGGUAUCGGAAGAAAUAAAGAAGGCCGUAGUGUUUAUCGUGCAGCUCAGAUUCUGGAUGUUGUCGAAACAGCCAAAGUUUAUCAGUUGGAGAAUACGCGAACAAAUAAGGGACUCAAGCUAAAACAUGGUGAAGAAGAACGUGUUUAUCGCCUAGAAUUUGUUUCAAAUUCAGAGUUCACUAACCACGAAUUCAAUAAAUGGUACGAUGCUAUGAAGUCCAAUAAUCUUUCAAUCCUCACAAUAGAUCAAGUAGAAAAGAAGGAAGCUGAUAUUCAGAAAGCUGUCAAUUAUAAUUAUACAGACAAAGACAUCGAACUGAUGGUUCAAGAAAAAAUGAGGUUUCAAAAAGCUCCUCUUAACUAUGCUUUGGAAAAAGGAAAUCUUAUCAAGCUCAAGGUUAGUUUUUUUUUUAAAGUAACUUGA